AGCUGUCACUCGAGCCGUUGCUGCUUGUCAUUUUCUGCAACAAGAUGGCGGUCGUUCCAGAGAACAGAGUCCUCUCCUUCAGUGUUUUUAAAUGGAGCUCUUAUUCCUCCACAUAUUUACCAGAAAACAUCUUGAUGGACAAACCCAAUGACCAGUCCUCCAGGUGGUCGUCUGAGAGCAACUACCCUCCACAGUACUUAAUGUUGAAAAUGGAAAGGCCAGCGAUCGUUCAAAGCAUCACCUUUGGGAAGUAUGAGAAGACUCACGUGUGCAACCUGAAGAAGUUCAAAGUGUUUGGUGGGAUGAGUGAAGAGAACAUGACAGAACUCCUGUCCAGUGGCCUGAAGAAUGACUACAACAAGGAGACCUUCACCUUGAAACACAAGAUCGACGAACAGAUGUUUCCCUGCAGAUUUGUUAAAAUAGUGCCUCUGAUGUCUUGGGGGCCCAGUUUUAACUUCAGUAUCUGGUACAUUGAGCUGCAUGGCAUAGAGGAACCUGACGUAGUGCAGCCCUGCCUUAACUGGUACAGCAAGUACCGGGAACAGGAAGCGAUCCGCCUGUGCCUGAAGCACUUCCGGCAGCAUAACUACACAGAAGCCUUUGAGUCGCUGCAGAAGAAGACACGCAUCGCGUUGGAACACCAAAUGCUGACACACCUCCACGACCGCCUGGUACUCCGUGGAGACUUUGAUGCCUGUGAGGAGCUCAUCGACAAAGCUGUCAAAGACGGUUUGUUUAACCAGUACAUCAGCCAGCAAGAGUACAAGCCAAGAUGGAGUCAGAUCAUCCCCAAGAGUAACAAAGGUACAACCGCCCAAGAGCCAAGCCCAGAUGACAUGAACAGUGAGACAAACUAUUCAAGUAAUGAGGAUGACAACAGACCAGGGAUGAGGGGAGGUCAUCAGAUGGUCAUCGACGUUCAGACAGAGACGGUGUAUCUUUUUGGGGGCUGGGACGGCACACAGGACCUGGCUGACUUCUGGGCCUACAGUGUUCAGGAGAACCAGUGGGUCUGCAUCUCCAGAGACACAGAGAAGGAGAGUGGUCCCAGUGCGCGGUCCUGUCACAAGAUGUGCAUCGACAGUCAGCGGCGGCAGAUCUACACACUCGGCCGCUACCUAGACUCCAGCGUCAGGAACAGCAAGUCUCUGAAGAGUGACUUCUAUCGAUACGACGUCGACGCCAACACCUGGACACUACUCAGCGAGGACACGUCAGCCGACGGCGGGCCCAAGCUCGUCUUUGACCACCAGAUGUGUAUGGACUCGGAGAAGCACAUGAUCUAUACGUUUGGUGGUCGGAUUCUGAUGUGUAACGGCAGUGUGGAGGACAGCAGGACGUCCGAGCCCCAGUUCAGCGGGCUGUAUGCCUUCCACUGCCAGGCCGGAACCUGGAGCCUGCUCAGGGAAGACUCCUGCAACGCUGGGCCUGAGGAUGUCCAGUCACGCAUUGGACACUGCAUGCUCUUCCACACUAGAAAUCGUUGUCUGUAUGUGUUCGGAGGUCAGAGGUCAAAGACGUACCUGAAUGACUUCUUCAGCUAUGACGUGGACGGAGACCAUGUGGAGAUCAUCUCAGACGGAACCAAGAAGGACUCCGGCAUGGUGCCGAUGACGGGCUUCACCCAGAGGGCCACCAUAGACCCCGAGCUGAAUGAGAUCCACGUCCUGUCUGGCCUCAGCAAGGACAAGGACAAACGAGAGGAGAACGUCCGUAACUCCUUCUGGAUCUAUGACAUCGCACGCAACAACUGGUCGUGUGUGUAUAAGAAUGACCAGGCGGUGAAGGAGAACCCCAGUAAGGCUCUGCAGGAGGAGGAGCCCUGUCCACGCUUCGCACACCAGCUGGUCUACGACGAAAUGCACAAGGUGCACUACCUGUUUGGAGGGAACCCAGGGAAGUCGUGCUCUCCUAAGAUGCGUCUGGAUGACUUCUGGUCCCUCAAGCUGUGUCGCCCCUCCAAGGAGUACCUGCUCCGACACUGCAGAUACCUAAUCAGGAAGUACAGGUUUGAAGAGAAGGCCCAGUCGGAGCCUCUGAAUGCUCUGAAGUACCUGCAGAACGACCUCUCUCUGACCGUGGACCACACCAACCCUGACGAGACCAAAGAGUUCCAGCUCCUGCCCUCGGCUCUCUUCAAGUCCAGCUCUGACUUCAUCCCUCUGGGUUUCUCAGACGUGGACCAGACGUAUGCCCAGCGCACGCAGCUCUUCGACACGCUCGUCAACUUCUUCCCGGACAGCAUGACCCCGCCCAAGGGUAACCUCGUUGACCUCAUCACACUCUAGCCCCGCCCCAGAACCCUACGCACCACCACCAUAUGCCAAUAAGACUCUGAUUGGCUGGCCCAAAGCCAAACUUCAUAUUUUUCUACACUUGACCCUUCCAAAUUCAGGGGUGCUCUGCUCGUGGACUGCACUUGUUGACCCCCUAUUUAGGACGUUGGUUCUUCAACAGCGGAACUGAACUAAAAGGGAAAAUGAGGGUCAGACCACGAUUUAAAGGGGUUGAUACUGAAUGUCACUGUGUGGAAAAAGAAAAAAACACAAACUCCCCCAGGCCUGAUGGUCUUUGUUGAAUAAACUGAUUUAACAGUUUAAAAUAACCCAGAACUCUGCCAAACAUAUCUUCUGUGUCAAGUCAUUUGAUUUGUGAGGACUACAUGAUGCUUUUACGCGCUGCGUUUGAGUUUGCUUGGCAUUAGUAGCCUGUUAGAUCAAGGAGGAGUCUCUUCCUUUUAUUUUCCACUCUGUCUUGCAUCCGUCUCUCUGACACACACCCAAGCACUCACACAAACCUGCUUGUGAAAGUAGUUGUGUUACUUAAUGACACCCUGUCGGCGCGUUGUACGCUGAAUAUACCUUCAACCAAGUUCAUGCUUUUUGCUUGCUCUGCCUGUAUUAUUGGUGCCAUAUUAUAUACCCCAUAUUUAUAAUUAUGACGGCCAUGCUGUUGCACACUACGUGUCAAAAUGUUAAUUUUGUUAUAUAGAAACAAUAGAAUAAUGAUCCUAAGACAAUAUAUAUGUCAAUUAAAUCCUCUAUCGAUGUAAAAAAUCAAUCAUGGGUUUGGGGGAAAACAUUGUCAAGUUGUCAAAAGCUUGUGAUUCUGGUAAUGGCUAUUGUAGCUUUAGUGUGAUGUAACCAUGGAUCUGUCACUGAGGCAUGUUGGGAAAUGUAGUUUCCAAGUAUGAACGUUAUUAUUUUUAAACUCAAACUCCCCAUCUUGUAAGAACUGCAAAAUGAUGGUCCUGCUGUAUCAGAGGGAGGUUUUUUUUAUGUACAAACACACAUCUAUACUCACAUGAUCUCAUUGACUGGGAUGUAUCUUCCUUUGACGAUGGGAGUUUAUUUUAUGGGUAAAGGAAGAAUGAAUGAUUGCUUUCAUUGAGAGCCCAGUCUCCCCCUUUAGCUAUGGCCUGAUUACUGUGUUCUCUCUGUUUCUUAUGCAAACAGUGAUGACUAGACAUUCUUCAAUUCUAACCUAAAGAAAUACAGAACACUAGAUUUCAUUCUUACUCAGAAUAAGGCGAUAGGAGCAUUCACAAGUGAUCUCUAAACACCAAGUUAGCAAAUGGUAUCGGUCUUGUGGCUCCAGCCAAAGUUUUGAUGUACAGGAAAUGUUUUUGAUUGGUUCAUAAUCAUUAUGCUGGAACUGAGGAUGCCCUUUGAUAUAGCUUGUGUGUGUGUGUGUGUGUGUGUGUGUGUGUGUGUGUGUGUGUGUGUGUGAGAGAGUCUGUCCGUCAAUAUGUGUGUUUGUCUCGGAUCGCCAGGGUAUUUUGUCUAGUUCACCUGUGUAACAUAAACAUUUGCCUCAUAUUGUUCUUCCAUUAAUCUCAGUAGGAGAGAUGAUUGAAGUGAUCCCCUCUGUCCUCCUUCUCAAGAGUGGUAGCAGCCUAGUCUUCCAUUACAUUGUGUGUAUUGUCUAUAUAUUUAGCAUUUUUCUGAGACCGCUGUACAGUAUGCAGAGUACACUCUAGGCAAAGGCCUAUGGAGUCUGUGAAAUAUCCAUCCUCUUUGUUUUGAGAUCAAUCAACUCCACUAUCAGAUAACCAGAGAUGGAGGGACUAUUCACAUUCAAGGAGACACACACUUAGUGCUUGACUCCUGUCAAGGGUGGUAGAGACAAACUUUAGAGGUACUUUUUCUUGUUAGAUGCUUAUAAAUCCUUGAUCAAAAUCCUAAUCAAAUUGGCAGAUUGUACACUACGUCCCAAUAGAUUCAUUACAUCUGGUUUCUUCAUACAGGCAUAUACAUGAAGACAUCUGCUCUUAUUGUUAGAAGAUGAGUGAUCAGAUCCGAUUUCUCUGUUCGUUUGCACUCAUGUCCUCAGUAAUCAGUAUUAGCUUAAUUUGAAUCACAGUCAGUGCUGUGUGCGUUUGCUGCUUGUGUGCACGGUGCACACACCUGUAUGCUUAGUGUGUGAGCUUAAAACUAGUUUGUGUGCUUGUUUGUGUCUGUUUGUUAAUGUAUGUCUUCUGCUGCCAUCAUAUUAAGAACUGAGAUCCAGAGAGAAAGGAGUGUCAUACUUACCAUCAUAGCUUUGUACUAAAAACCCGUUAUUUAGGAAGGACUCAUUUAUGGUCAUUAUCACAGAAUAGAAGACUUGUGCGAUGUUUGCAUUAGUUUCUUUGUCAGAAAAAAAAGAAGCUUAAGAAAACAACAUGAAAUAAAGACACACCUUUGCAAAAUAUAUAUAUAUAUAUAUAUAAACACAAUGCCAAAUAAUUAUUUUUCUUAUUUUUGGGAGGGGAAGGAAAUUAUAAUUUUCAGAUAAAAUAAUGGAAUGGUAUUUUCUUCAUCUGCCCCCUCUUCUCCCCAACUGGGACUCAGGAGUAUGUGGAGGUACUCUAGGGUGCGUGAAUGAGCACUACUCUGUGGAUAACGUGAAUGUGUAGAAGAGCCUAUUGUAGAAUUGCAUUGUAUGUAAUGUACAUAACGAAUAAAGAUUGUAUUUUGUUCAGGUUUUCAUAAAUAAAUGACUCAGGUCUUUGAUUUGUUUGUAACCAGUUGGGAUGCAACUAUA